AUGAUGGUGGUGAUGAUGGUGGUCCUGUGCCCGUAUCUGCGGCUGGGUGAACGUCGGUAUCUACACCAGGCACUGGUGCUGGUCUGUCGGGAACGCACCCAGCCCAAGUUGGAUGCGGUGAAGACGUACAUGCGGAUGCGUCACGUGCCGGAGCACCUGCAGAACAAGGUGAUCCGGUGGUUCGACUACCUCUGGUUGACGCAGAAGUGCUCGGAUGAGGAGCGCUCGGUGGGAUGCCUGCCCGACAAGCUCAAGGCUGAGAUCGCCAUCCACGUUCACCUCGACACGCUCAAGCGCGUCGAAAUCUUCCAGAACACUGAGGCAGGCUUCCUAUGCGAGUUGGUGCUCCGCCUGAGACCCGUCCUCUUCAGCCCUGGCGACUACAUCUGCAGGAAAGGUGAAGUGGGCAAGGAGAUGUACAUCGUGAACCGCGGCCGGCUCCAAGUGGUCACGGACAACGGCAAGACGGUGCUGGCGACGCUGCGCGCGGGCUCUUACUUCGGCGAGAUCUCCAUCCUCAACAUGGGAACGGCCGGCAACCGCCGCACGGCUUCGGUGCGCUCCGUCGGCUACUCGGACCUCUUCUGCCUCUACAAGCAGGACAUGUGGGACGUGCUCAAGGACUACCCCGCCGCCCGGGUGCGUCUCGAGGCGAUCGCCGUCAAGCGGCUGGAGAAGUACAAGCGAGAGCCGAUGCGCAAAAGUAGUUCCUCGCGGGCUCCGUACUCCGCUGGACGCGCCCGCGUCGCCCCUCCUCCUCUCCUCGUCAACGCUGGCCAGCGACUACAACAACAACAUCCUUCCUCCUCCGCUUCGCGACCCCAGCCGCGCGCUACGCGGCCCCCUCGCGAUGAGGGGAGCCCCCUCGUACGCUACGAGGCCGGCCUCGCCGACAAUCUGGGCGCGCUCGACAGAGAGGCUGUGCUGCAGUGUGAAAGAGACUGCGUCACUUAG